UGCAGCGCCUCCGCCUCCGAGGGAGAAAUCCGUGGAGCACCGGAGCCUCGCCACUUCCCGGGCUCCCUGUGAUCCGAACUGAGACUGACUGGCCUGGGGAGAAAUCUGGUCCCCGCCCCCCCGUAGUUGUCACCUCGAGGUCAUCUCGGCCAUCUCUGUCAAGCCCCUGCAAGCAGGCGACACAAAAUGCUAAGUAGCAAGUGUCUGGGACUAUCCGGACUGACCCUCGCCCUGUCCCUGCUCGUGUGCUUGGGUGCUCUGGGCGAGGCAUACCCCUCCAAGCCCGACAACCCGGGCGAGGACGCGCCGGCGGAGGACAUGGCCAGAUACUACUCGGCGCUGCGACAUUACAUCAACCUCAUCACCAGGCAGAGAUAUGGAAAACGAUCUAGUCCCGAGACCUUGAUUUCAGAUCUCUUGAUGAGAGAAAGCACAGAAAAUGUUCCCAGAACAAGGCUUGAAGACCCUUCUAUGUGGUGAUUGGAAGUGAAACUUACUCUCUGGUCUUCUCCCAUUUUCCACUCUCAUUUCAUCCUAUAAAACUAGAGUCUGCCCAUCCUACAGAUGCAUGCAGCCACUCUGCUGAAUCCUGCAGUGUUUUCCUUUGUCAUCGUAUAUAUGUGUGUUUAAUAAAGUUCCAUGCAUU